AUGAUUCACCCAUGUUCAUCGAAGCAAGAUUUUGCCAUCGAUGUAUCCGAGGAGUAUUUCAUAGAUCAACAUGAGAGUACCCACAUGCCUCAGGCAGACGGGUGCUCUUCCAGCAAGGCAGCGGAUGAUGAGGAUGAACGUGCCGUACAAAUAGUAGAAGCAGGGGAAGCUGCUGCGAAGGAUCCCAGGACAGCAAUGCCAUCUUUUUUAAAGAUCUCACACGAUGAAAUGAAAGCAAAAUACGCUCAACUGACGCAGAUGGAGGAGGAUCGUUUGGCAAACAAAGAUGAUCCCAAGUGGUCGAGAGAGGAGCCAGAUCGUGAGCUCGAUCGUUAUGCCAACGUACAUCCAUGGGCUGGCAACCGUAUCAGACUAGUUGUGCCCGAAGGUUUUAAUGAUUACAUCAACGCAUCUCCUGUUACUUUGACCUCUACUGCUGAAAAGCAAAGUACGAUGAAGAAAGGUCUGCAAGACAAGUAUAUUUGUAUGCAAGGCCCGAAAUCUCAAACUGUGGAUCACACCUGGCAUAUGCUGUGGCAUUCAAUUUCAGUACCCGAUAACGCAGCACCUGGUGUCAUCAUCAUGCUUAGUCCUCUAGUUGGGCCUAAUCCAGCCAAGCCUGAUGAGAUGAUGGAGAAAUGUUAUCGAUACUACCCGAUGAGUGAGGAUGAUCCACCUCUCAAUGUCAACGAGGCGGGGGCGCUUGGAGAAGACUUCAAGGCCCAAGUUCGAUUUGUGUCAAGAGAAGAGAACAUUGAGGGCACUGGUAUCGAGGUCCGUCAACUUGCUAUGUCUGUAGCAGGUGAAGAUGAAGAGAAAAUCAUCUGGCAUUUCUUUUAUCCUCUCUGGCCUGAUAUGGGCUCAUUGAACAGCCAAAAUGUCAAAAGUGUUCUAACAUUGAUGGAUCUUUCUCGAGCUAAGAAUAUGGAGGAAGAAAAUCCAAGAGUUGUGCAUUGCAGUGCUGGUGUUGGAAGAACUGGUACUUUCGUUGCUUUGGAGUUUUUGAUGGGAGAACUUCAGGGUGGAGCUUGGGAAGGAUGGGAUCAAUCAGAGGAGAAAAACAACGAUGCCAUAUACGAGACUGUCGAUCAAUUGCGUCAGCAAAGGAAGACUAUGGUUCAAGCUGUGGAACAGUACGUUUUCUUGUAUGAGGUGUUGAGAAAGCAGUGGGAGGAGAAGUAUAGAUUACCAUGUUCUGGUGGUGAACAUACCCAUGAUUCUCCUCCUGAAGAAGGCAAAAAUACUGUAUUCAGGGCUGUCCCACAGAAAUAG